UUCAUGCGCGUGCAAGGCAUUGUGGGAGUAGAGCUCAACCGGCAUGUUUGCUACUUGUAUGUAAAGAACGCUAUUUGUGUUAUCCAUACGAAUUUCAGUGAAUUUUAAAGUAUGUGUUUACCCGACUAUCAUAAAUUACAUUAAACUAAGUGCCAAUUGUGUUAUUAAAAUGGAGGAUGCUAACCGUACUUUGUUUGCAUCCGCAAUUUCUGAGGAUGAAUGGUCGCAAAUUCCCUCCGAAAUUGCAAAAAAAAUAUGCAACUUCGUCGAGGAGAAGUUUGACGAACUUAUUACUACAAAGGCGUUGUCUGAAACUAGUAAAUUUAAUACGGAAACCAUUUUAAAUGAAACAAAUGAGAAACUGAAGACUGCUGAUAGUAACGUACAAGAAGGGAAUCUUAAACUGGAAGCUGCUACACGCACCAUUGCAGAAUUAGAAACACAAAUUUCGACUUGUACAUCCGAUAUAACUAAGUUGCAAACGACAUGCAAUCGUCUAGAAGCCGAGGCCGCCGAUUGUCGACAUCAAAAGAAUAUUAUGUUAGGAGAAAAAGAUGAAUUGGCUAACAUACUUGAGCGAACCACUGCAGAAGUUGAACGACAGAAAAUGGAAAUUACAACUCUAACAAAUCAGUUGCACGAUGCUAUCAACGCAAAAUGUACAGCUCUGGCAGAAUACGGCGAAAUUCAAUCGAUGAAACUGACACUCGAGUACAAAGAAAAACGUCUUGAUCAAGAAAAGCUGCUGUUAAACAAUCAGGUGGAAACGUUAACUCAAAGUUUAGACGAGCGCACCGAGGAGCUAUUAAAUAUGAAGAAAGAUAACAGUUUGAGGUGUGUGCAGUUAGAGAAUAAGUUAACGGAUAAAACGCAGGAGCUGACUGUUGCGCUUGAAUCGAUUCGCAGUCUCAAUGAUAUUAACGAUAAUCUAAACGAAAAGAUCGAAGGGUUGAUGGAUGACUUGAAGAAGCGAAAUGAGAAAGAUGCGAAAACUUACGAAGCUUACCAGCACGAAAUAGCCGCACAGACAAAACUGGCCGAACUGUACAAGGCGGCAGGCGAGCAAAACCAAGACCACGUAGAUCACCUCUCGAAUGCUGUGAAAGAGUUACAAACGCUACUCCAAGAAACAUCAAACAAGUACGGCGAAUUAGAGACAAAGCAUAAAGAAAUGCAGCUUGCCAAUGAUGAAAUUAUCGCUAAGAAAAACGAGUGCAUAGCCAUGCUAAAGCAGGAGUUGGAAGUGAGUAACGAGCUAUUCAACGCGUGUAAGGACGAAAAUCUUCAAAAGGAAAUCGAAGAGAUUUCUCCAUCUGCGGCUGCAGCCUCUCGACUGAUCAAACCCGGAAUGUCACUGACUCAAAUUUACACUCAGUAUGUUAAUGUGAGCAAUGAGCUGAUCACGCAAAAGGAAGAGUGCGCGAGGUUACAGUCGUACAUACAGCACAUCAUUAACGAACUUGAGGACAAGGGCCCGUUGUUAAAGAAACAGAGAGAAGAUUACGAAACCGCAAUGGAAAAUCUCAAGGAGGUGACCGAUAACAACUACGCUCUCUCGGUGGAGUGCCAGCAGUAUCGUGAGGAAACUCUACAGGCCAAGCAUAACGAAGAUAUUCUUUUACGGGAGAAUGAUCGUUAUAAAAAAGAGGUUGCUGAUUUAAGUCGCCAGGUUUGCCAUCUGCUACGAGAGAUCGAAUUGUCACGCGUCGGAUCAAACGUCACCUCCCCGGACCAGGAUAUGUCAGAUAGCAUGAGUUCGGGCGAAAUUAUAAGUAAACGUCUCGUUACGUUCAGCGACAUUACUGAGCUGCAGGGUACCAAUCAACGUUUGCUGUCACUGGUGCGCGAGUUAAGUUCAAAGCAAGAGGAAGUGGAAGCGUUGGAUCCGACGGCGAUCGCCCAACUGAAGAUGAAGUUGGAGACGAUGAAGGAGACGCAGAGUAGUUUAUUGGAACAGCAAGACAGUCAAAAUAAAAUGAUGAGUAUGAUCGUUAACCAGCGUGACAUGUAUAAGACUCUGUACGAGCAAGCUUCGAAGGGAAUAGGCGAAGAUGGUGGUCUGACCCUCGACAGACUUGAGGGUGAAAAGGGUUCCCAAAGUUCAAAGGGUCAGGAGGAUUCCGAGUCUCGGUGUGAUGAUAAGGUGCAGACAUUGGAAGGCCAGCUUGAUAAAGCAAAAAAAGAAAUUAGCACGCUUAAAGAGGAGAAUGAUACAUAUCGAAAAGAAAAAAGUGUGAAUGAAAAGAUGUUGGUUGAUCAGCUGGAAGAGAUGCGGAAAGAAGUACGAGAAGUUACCCGCCAAAAUUGCAAACUUACAUCAGUUUCGGAACUAAACGAUGAACGUUUCAAAGUAAUGCAAUCCAAUACGGAAGUUUACAAAAAACAGAUUUCCGCUUUGGAGAAACAAAACAAAAUUUACAGCGAAAGCAACAUAAAGCACGAACAAAUGAUGACAUAUUUGAAAGACGAAACUUUGCAAUCCCAAACGAAGCUUUCGACGGCGGAAGUAAAAUUGGCCAAUUUAGAAAAGGAAAUCGCCCUUUUACGAGAUAGAGAGUCACGAUUGGUGAAAGAGGUGGAAUUUUUGAAAAAGGAGACUCACGCCAAAAACUUACUGCAAACGAACAUCGAACUGAUAAAAGCAACUUUGGAGAGAAACGACGCGGAGAGUCGAAUCAGGCUCGAAGAGCGACUGGACGAAGCGCACCGGGAAUGUGCAGCUUUACGACGCCGUCUACAAGAAGAGCAGGACCGUUUCCGCGAGUUGGGCGACCAUCUUGAGAAACAGACUCGUGCGGCACAGGCUCAAAUGGAAGAAGAGAAAGGACACGCCUCCAAGCUUCGGAAGGAGGUGGCGGAAACACGUGAUGAUUUAAUCGCGAAACAAAUUCAAAUAGAAGAGCUAACCAAAAAACUGAAGAACUCCCUCAUGGUCAUUCCGGAAAAUAGCGUAGAAAGUCAUAAGUUUAGCGAAUUGGAAAGAAUACUAAGCGACAGCCAGGCAGAGGUGCAGUCGUUGCGAUUGCAAUUAAAAACUGCCAAAGACACCAUCGAACAGCACUGCAAUGUGGCGGAAGGUGCCGAAAAUCAACUCAAGGCUGUAUUAGAAGAACAAGAGAAGUAUAAAAAGACUAUGGAGACGACGCUAAAUGAAAAGCAGCAGCAGAUCGCGAAACUUGAAGAGCAGUGCAGUGAACUUCAAGGGGAGCUAACAAUACAAGAUGAUGACGUUAAUGUGGAUGCACGAAGCAAAUUGCAUAGAAUUGAAGAAGAGCUCAAGGCUAGUAAGGUCGAUUUGAACGAGUGUAAAUCUGCUUUGGUCGUUGCUCAGACUAAAAUACAUGAGUUGACAGCUGAUGUUGAGACUGCCGAGAAUAAAUAUGCUCACGAGAUGCUGUUACAUUCCACCGAUUUACAGAACGAUACCGAUAUUGAUAUCGGCAUAUCGGCAAUUGUUGCCGAUUAUCGGUAUCGUAUCGUAUCGGCAAGGUAA